GACGGAUACUAAACUGAUGCACAAGCGCCAAUCUCACUGAAAUUUUUGGUGGUGGGUCAGGGCAUCGGGACGCAGGUGAUCGCAAGCAUAACGCAGGCCGUCCUCGCGGCGCAGGUGGGCCCGAGGGCUCGGUCAACGAUGCUUGCAGCUUCAACUUGCAUUGUUUCCUGUCGGAAGAGUUGUAACGUGAAUAAAUGGCAAUGUUUCUUGCAAGACUUUGGCGUUUUCAGGGUGUGUUGAAGGUGUAGGAAAGGAUGCGGGCGGACCAGCUGACAUCACAGCAAGAGAGAGAGAGAGAGAGAGAGAGAGAGCAAACGUUGAAAGACUAGAGAAGGACUUCUCACAAGCGUCCCAUCUGGCUGCUAAGAACCCAAACACCCGGAGCGUGUCAGAAGAAGCAAAGACUUGAAGGCGGGCGAGCGAGGAGCAGGACUCUGGGGCCGAGGCUGGAAUGAGGCAAGCGUGCACACAGAAAACGGUUGACAAGCUGCUUGGGUGUGAGUGACCGCCCACCAGUGAAGUGCCUCUUCCUGCCAAACAUCUGUUUGUUUUGAAACGUCACAAUUCAAAGAGACCAUGUGGUGUUUGACGCUGCUGUUACCGCUCCUGUUAAUCAUCAAUGACGUCGCUUCCCAGUGGACCGUCUGGUUACCGCGGGACAUCUCGGCCAUGACCAACACAUGCGUUGUCAUCCCAUGCACGUUCAUGUACCCGUCCGGCGUCAGGCCGUACCGUGGCGUUCACGGCGUCUGGUAUUAUGGCCAGCCCUACCCUCAACUCUUUCCGCCGGUCGUGGCCAAGUCACGCACGGAUGUCGUACAUGAGAGCUACAAGGGUCGCACCAAAUUGCUGGGGGACCUCCAACAGAGGAACUGCACCUUGCUCAUCAACAGCGUCGGACCAGAACACUCAGGGAGAUACUACUUCCGGGCAGACCUCGGCGGUGCAAACGUGUACACCUUUCCGGACUUUGCUGAACUCAAAGUUCUGGAACAACCCAGCAUCGAUGUCCCAGAGGAGAUAGUCAGCGACGAGAGUCUGGAGCUGACAUGCUACGCUCCUGAUAACUGCCCCGACUUGACCCCUGAGAUCCAGUGGAUGUACACGGACUACCUGCCUGACCCGGAGUUCAGCUCGGACUACGCGGAGGAGGGCAACACCGCGGUAGUGUCCAGCACCCUGACAUUUACGCCCAGGCCGGUGCACAACGGUCAGUUGCUGGGCUGCAGGGUUUACUACCCCAACACCACGUUCGUCUACGAGAGGCUGGUCUCUCUGGACAUCAAGUAUGCCCCACGCUCAGUGUGGGUAAACGUCUCCUCAGAGGUGAUGGAGGGAAACUCUGUGACUCUGCAUUGCGAGGUGGACAGUAACCCUGCACCCAGGAUCUCCUGGAAGUUUGGAGACCAGGAAUUGAUGUGGGACACAGAGUCCAACCUUUCUCUUACCUUAAAUGACGUGACGCCUGCAGAAGAAGGAGUCUACACCUGCAUCGGGGACAACGGCUACGGCGUCAUGAACACGUCUCUCUACUUGGCCGUCAAGUACCCUCCCCGCGAACCCAUUGUCAACAACUCCAUGACGGUUCUGGAGGGAACCUCGCUUGCCCUGCACUGCAGCACUCAGGGUAGCCCGGCACCAACACUUACCUGGCUGAAGGAUGGCGAACUGGUGGGCAUGAUCACUGCGGAUGAGCUGUCAGUGCUGGAGCUGGAGGGCAUCACACCACAGGGAGACGGGCAGUACCGCUGCCUGGCUGAGAAUGAGCACGGCCGGGCCAGCAGCUCCCUGAACAUCACAGUGGAGUACGCUCCGGUUCUUCUGGAAGAGUCCAAAUGUACCGUGGUGAGGGAGGGUGUCCAGUGUGUCUGCAUGGCCACAGGAAACCCGGAACCCACCAUCGAGUUCUACCUACCUGACUUGAACAUCACCAUCAACGAAACAGAAGGCCGGUACAACUUCUACACGCACACGGACGGGCAGACCUCCACCGGCAUGAUCAAGCUGCGGGAGAAAGGCGAGCGAGUAAACAACAACGGUCCUGCCGUCAACGUCCAUUGCAGCAUCUCCAACGUGUACGGAAGAGAGAGUGUUCUCCUGGAGCUACAACAGGAGAAAAAGUACUUGAUGGCCGUGAUCGUGGGCACGAUCGGAGGAGUGGCGGUCAUCGCCUUCAUCAUCGCAGCAGUCCGAUACGUCGGCCACAACAACAAGAAAGAGAAUGGCUAUCCUAGGCAGGACGUGGUACUGGAGAACCCCGCUUUGUACUACAGCGCGGCCAAGAAGGACAAACAAAAUCUGAGGAAGAAAGUGCUUAAGACAGAGCUGUUGGGCUCAAAGUUUAACUCCAUUCUAGAGGAGACCACGGGAGAAGACGGGGAUUUCCACCCUGCGGGCUCUCUGGCAGGAAUGGAGAGGCGAGAGCUGAACUACGCCGCUCUGGAGUUUGGUGGGGCCAGGCCCAGAGAGGGGGCCUCGGGGAGGGGGGAUGACGGGGGCAGCUACGCGGAAAUCAAAGCCAAAUGAAACGCGAUCCUUCCCUGAUGCCUCGGCCACGCGAGACGCAGCGCAACGCAAACCCCGCCCACCGACCUCCUGCCCGCCACAAAAACUCUGAUUCGGUUUUCUUUUCUUCAGAUUGUCUUCCCUACCGGAAGUCCGAAAAAGAAAAAUGUUUCCCUUUUCUGUCUCCUUGUCUUUGUCAUUGUGUCUGCUGCCAGCCAAGGCAUGAAGGGAAGAAGAAACUUUCACUUGAGAUGGGUUCCUCCCCUUACGGGAGACCUAAGAAGUCAAACACUCAAACUCGGAAUUUGUUAUUUGGAAAGCAAACUAAACUGACCUUUUAGGGCUUCCGUACUCGUGUCUCGUUACAUUCCGAGUUUGGAGAAACAUGGCACUUGUAGGGGGUGGGGGGGUGAAUCUUUGGGGCACCUAACAAUUCGAUCCCGUUCCGAUUCCUAGAGUGACGAUUCGGUUCAGAAUCGGUUCUCUAUUGAACCCGUUCCGUUCCUGACAAUUUUUCAAAACAGGUUAAAGGUUAUUCUUAUGUAUAUAUAUAUAUAUAUA